AUGGACAAAAGAAUGAUCAGACAACACAUAUUAGACAACGUUAAAGUAAAAACUACACAAGUACCUGGAAACACACAGUCUUCAUUAAAAUCAGACAUAUUAGACAACGUUAUAGUAAAAACUACACAAGUACCUGGAAACACACAGUCUUCAUUACAAUCAGACAUAUUAGACAACGUUAUAGUAAAAACUACACAAGUACCUGGAAACACACAGUCUUCAUUACAAUCAGACAUAUUGGACAACGUUAAAGUAAAAAGUACACAAGUACCUGGAAACACACAGUCUUCAUUAAAAUCAGACAUAUUAGACAACGUUAAAGUAAAAACUACACAAGUACCUGGAAACACACAGUCUUCAUUACAAUCAGACAUAUUAGAUAACGUUAUAGAAAAAACUACACAAGUACCUGGAAACACACAGUCUUCAUUACAAUCAGACAUAUUGGACAACGUUAUAGUAAAAACUUCACAAGUACCUGGAAACACACAGUCUUCAUUACAAUCAGACAUAUUGGACAACGUUAUAGUAAAAACUACACAAGUACCUGGAAACACACAGUCUUCAUUAAAAUCAGACAUAUUAGACAACGUUAUAGUAAAAACUACACAAGUACCUGGAAACACACAGUCUUCAUUACAAUCAGACAUUUUAGACAAUGUUAGAGUAAAAACUACACAAGUAACUGGAAACACACAGUCUUCAUUACAAUCAGACAUAUUAGACAACGUUAUAGUAAAAACUACACAAGUAACUGGAAACACAAAGUCUUCAUUACAAUCAGACAUAUUAGACAACGUUAUAGUAAAAACUACACAAGUACCUGGAAACACACAGUCUUCAUUACAAUCAGACAUAUUAGACAAUGUUAGAGUAAAAACUACACAAUUAACUGAAAACACACAGUCUUCAUUACAAUCAGACAUAUUAGACAACGUUAUAGUAAAAACUACACAAGUACCUGGAAACACACAGUCUUCAUUACAAUCAGACAUAUUAGACAACGUUAAAGUAAACACUACACAAGUACCUGGAAACACACAGUCUUCAUUACAAUCAACCAUAUUAGACAACGUUAUAGUAAAAACUACACAAGUACCUGGAAACACACAGUCUUCAUUAAAAUCAGACAUAUUAGACAACGUUAUAGUAAAAACUACACAAGUACCUGGAAACACACAGUCUUCAUUACAAUCAGACAUAUUAGACAAUGUUAGAGUAAAAACUACACAAGUACCUGGAAACACACAGUCUUCAUUAAAAUCAGACAUAUUAAACAACGUUAAAGUAAAAACUACACAAGUACCUGGAAACACACAGUCUUCAUUACAAUCAGACAUAUUGGAUAACGUUAUAGUAAAAACUACACAAGUAACUGAAAUUAAAACACACAGUCUUCAUUACAAUCAGACAUAUUGGACAACGUUAUAG